AUGUUCUAUCCUCCCCUCCCUCCCCUCAUCGACUACCCCCUUAACCUCAACCCUUCGUCGUCGGCAUCGUAUCCGUCUCGGAUAUCACUCGAUCCGCCAUCGGCACCCCUGCCCGCGCUCGACUCGAUUGCGCUUCGUGGGCUCGAAACCGCUCCGGCGACUCCGAUUCCCGUCGACCGCGACGUUGUGCUGCCCACACCAUGUUGCUUCUCCGCGGCGUCUUCGACAUCGACGUCGGCCUCUUCCCUUUUUGAUGCCGUACGACGACGACACUCUUCCUCGUCCGGUGACACCUCGCCCGAUGACGCAUGUUACGACUUCUCCGCUCACGACGGUGCGCUUCUGCGCUAUGCGGCCACGUUCGACAACGACGACGACGAUAACGACGAUGUCGAUGACGACGAUGCUACAUCUUUGUAUCCGAUACCAACAGCCGACGACUCACAAAAGGUCGUCAAAGUCAUCGCUUCGAACGGCAAGACGGGUGAACAGUGCGAGCUGAGCUACACCAACUGCAAGGUCGUCGGCAAUGGCUCGUUCGGCGUUGUCUUUCAGGCGAAACUCGUCAACGGCUCGCUAGAGGGCGACGGCGGCGACGAUGAUGUUGCCAUCAAGAAGGUGUUGCAGGACAAGCGGUUCAAGGUCAGUUUUCCUGUCAUCACCUCGAACAGAGUUUUCCGAGUUGCAUGCCCCUGUGCCAAGACAUGUUGCGCGAGCCGGCAUUUGGCUGGGCGCGAUGUCCCCCAUUGCCAAUGCGGGAUCUCGCUCGGGCGGGCGCGCAAGUCACGCGCGGCGAUCCCGUGACGAGGGGCGGAGGGUCACAUGAGCGCGCCGACGGACGGGCACCACGUGGGGCUCCGAGAGGGCUCGAACCCACAACCAAUUUCGAGCGCAAUCUCAUAAAACCGACUUCCGAAAGCCGAUACUGAAACGCUUGCUGCUACACAGAACCGAGAGUUGCAAAUUAUGAGACUGGUCAAGCACCCGAACGUUGUUGACCUCCGUGCCUUUUUCUACUCGAAUGGCGACAAGGUGCGUACUAGUGUCUGACGGGGCCACCAAGACACGGUCGUCACUGUUUGGACGCUAAAUGGAUAUGUCACCUUUGCUUGCUCUGCACAGCCAAAGAAGGAUGAAGUCUACCUGAACCUCGUGCUCGAAUACGUCCCCGAGACCGUCUAUCGCGCUUCGCGUCACUACGCCAAGCUGAAGCAAACGAUGCCGAUGCAUUACAUCAAGCUGUACAUGUACCAACUCUUGCGGUCGCUCGCGUACAUCCAUUCGGUCGGCAUCUGCCACCGCGACAUCAAACCUCAAAAUCUGCUGUUGAACCCGCCGACGGGUGUACUCAAGCUGUGCGACUUUGGCUCGGCAAAGAUCCUGAUCGAGGGCGAGCCCAACGUGUCUUACAUUUGCUCGCGGUACUACCGAGCACCCGAGCUCAUUUUCGGCGCAACGAACUACACCACCAACAUUGGUUAGUCAUCAGAUUCCUCGGAACGUUGGAGUGCCGUCUCGGACUGACCCAUCUGUCGACUUGGCCUGCAGAUGUGUGGUCUUCGGGUUGCGUUAUGGCCGAGUUGAUGCUGGGCCAGCCUUUGUUCCCAGGAGAAUCGGGGUACGUUCCGAGCUCAAUGCCUGAUCUGGUUUUACAAUGACCACUAACUGAUGAACCCUAUUCCUCACUCACAGCAUCGAUCAAUUGGUUGAAAUCAUCAAAGUGCUCGGCACACCGAGCCGUGAGCAGAUCAAGACGAUGAACCCGAACUACAUGGAACACAAGUUCCCUCAGAUCAAGCCGCACCCGUUCGUGAAGGUGUUCCGACCCCGCACGCCGCCUGAAGCGAUCGACCUCAUCUCCAAGUUGCUCGAAUAUACCCCUUCGGCGCGUUUGACCGCGGUCGAGGCCAUGUGCCACCCCUUCUUCGACGAUCUGAGACAGCCCGACUGUAAGAUGGCCACGGGCAAAGACAUGCCGCCCUUGUUUAACUUUACACGCGAGGAGCUGUCGAUCCGACCGGAUCUGAUCCACCGACUCGUGCCACCGCACUGUGAGGCCGAGCUGCAGUCGCGAGGUAUCGACAUCAACAACUUUGAGCCGAUCCCCCUCGCCGACAUGCGCAUCACGUUGGAUGUGAGUGUACUCUCUGUACAAAUUAUGUGAUGUAAAUGUUCGAUCUGACCCUUCCUCUCCUUGUCGCAUCAGUGA